AUGAUGCCGGUCAUGACUUCAAUCCCUGCUUUGUUGGUGCUCGCCCUUCAAUUCACUCAUCUCGUCGAGGCCACCCCUUCUCGUUUGGAACCGAGGCGCGGGACCAAAUUUGCGGCUUUGAGUGAGUGAAAUGUUUUCUCAUUCUGUCUGCACUCUUGGGCUCCUCGGCCCUUGCAGACCGAUGAUCCACCGGGCACUGGAGGAAACUUCAUCCCCCCGAGCGCGACGCCUACUCCACAUCACGGGCAGAACCCGUAAUACUCGAACCUUCCUAGAAAUCCAGACCGCUGACCAACUUUCCGAACACCUCCACCAGUGACGGACCGCAUGAAGCAAUGCGAACCUUCGACAAUCGAAUUCGCCAAUUCCGGUGACGCACGCCCCUUGACGGUGGCGAUCAUGCUCUACGACAAAGUACCCGAGAAGCUUCGUACGGACAAGUUUUUGCCCCCCGUCCAGACGACACUCGAGACGAUCCAGAAGUUGGGCCCUUUGCAAAUCUUUACGGUCAAGAAGCGCGAUUAUGAUCCGUUCACCUUCACCGCUGUCGCUAAGCGUGGUGACAAGAUCGAGGUCAGCAAGAUUUGAUCGGGUCUGUCCAGAUCGACUGCCACAAGAUACUUAACUCGGAACUGUUUCUUCUUUAUCAGGUUUUUGCGUUCUUCCCCAACGGGACCGGCCAGAACAUGUGGCUGGAUCGCACGAUCGGAUCCGGCUCCUCUUCCAGUUGCUUGGCCAGCGUGUGCAGUAGCACCGAAUAUCUAAACCCCAAAGGUGAGUGAAUUAGGUCUCAAAAGAUUCAAAUCGUAGGUCAGUGACUCAUCUUGUUCGCUCUGGUCAUAUUGCAGCCAAGAAGUGCGCGUCUUGCUCCUCCUUGUUCGUGAACUCGACCUCGUGCACGGCUGAGACGCCUAAGACCUGGUGAGCCGCCAUCUUUCCGCCCGGGAUGAGACGGCGAUUCACUAAUACAAAGACAUCCGAAUUAUUUCGGGCAGCUCUUAUGGUGUCGUCAAAGAUAGAAAGUGCGUUGCCAAGACGUGCUCCUCCCGACAAUGGCCUGGUCCCAAGGGUGCUGCAUGCAUCGCUUGCCCCGACGCCUCCGCGCGCAGCUGUGACGCCAAAGGCAAGAGCACCUCCUGCUCAGUCGGAAAUGUCGUCAACGGUGUGUGCAAGAAGCUCACUUGCCAGGAUGGAACUUACCCUUCUUCAAAUGGUAGGCUUUACUGCUCAAUCACUUUUCGGUCGCAUCCGCAGGGCUUCUAUGCCGGUCGCUGAGCCCCUGUUUCUUCCUCUAGGUCGCCGCUGCUUGCCUUGCGCGGAUCCGUUUGCACACAAAUGCUCUAGCGCCAACAACACCACCGAAUGUGACUGGGGCUACGCGCUCAAGACCAACCGCACCGCAUCUUUCUGCGUUGGGCCAUACGCUGCGCGCUUCGGAAGUGAGUCACAAGAUAUCGGUGGACCUUACGAGCGUCUGGGACUGAUUUCAAUUCCGCGUUUUCAAACCCCCUGUAGAAUCGAGCUUCAUGUACACGACCACUUUGAAGAUCAACAAGACCGUCAACGCCACUUCCGUCGUCGACUGCGCCGUUGGAGCCAAUCACGCUUCGGUCGAGUUCCCUUGGGUGUGGAUGUGGUCCGAUGCCGGGGUCGACGGGGUGCACUGCAGGCUCGUUCCCGGUGGCGAUCCUGGCCUCGUUCGUGGUAAUCCCGGAACGGGCUUCGAUGUCGGCAUUGUUGGGACCUGCAAGCAGAACGCGGACUGGCCUUGGUCCCCUUCGCCAGCCUCCUGCGCCGAGAUCUUCCUCGGACCCGUCACGGUCACGAACAAGACCACCGUUUGA